AUGUCCUGUAGAACAUGUCACAAACGUCGUCACACGCUCACGCACCAUUUCACGCCUAUGAUGUCAUCAAGCCAGCCAGACAAUUACAAGAAUCAAGACAAACAUAACGAUGUUGAAGAUCAUCAAUCUUCUGCACAAUCAGCCGAAUCCAAUGUCACACUUUCAUCACAUAUCGAUUCUAAGGUGUCCACUACAUUACUGGCCACAGUACUCAUAAUAGUAAGAGGUUACGAUUCAAAACAAAUGACAGUGUUACGCGCAUUGAUUGACCACGGCUCCCAGGCUACAUUUAUGAGUGAAAGAGCAGCCCAGAUGUUACGAUUAAGGAGAACGCCUAUCAAUGGCACUAUCACUGGCGUUGGCUCUACUAAAACAAACGUUAAAUAUGCUGCAGAAAUUGAACUUCUCUCAAGGCACGACCCAAGCUUCAACAUAAGAAUCAAAACAUGCAUAAUGUCAACACAACUGACGACCCAACUGCCGACUCAAACUAUCUCUACAAGCUACUGGCCGCACUUGCAAGGACUUGUAUUAGCUGACCCAAGCUAUAAUCAACCAGGACGAGUAGAUCUAUUACUAGGGGUCGACGUGUGUGCUCAAAUAAUGAAAAGCGAGGUUAUCAAGGGACCCCCAGGAACACCUUGUGCUCAAAAUACGACCCUGGGUUGGAUUCUGUUUGGGAGCGUGGAAGACAAACCAGUCGAUAAAUUGAUUGUUAUGCACCAUAAUCUUGAUCUAAACGACAUGCUUAAACGAAUGUGGGAACAAGAUGCAUACGAUAAAGUAAUACCUACAGCAGAACGAAGUUAA